UGAGGGUGGGGGAGAAGGUGUGUUUUCAUCCAAUGAACAUGGCUCGUCUGAAUUCUGCGGGCCAACACCACAUCCGUGUGCCUAAUCAUCUUCAACUUUACUGCCCGUUUGCCUAUAUAUUCUGCGCUUCCUGUGUAGUCCUUACCCGCGAUGAGCUGUAAUUGACACACUUGUUCUAAGCUCUUCACCGGGGAGAUGGGAAGGCGCUCGGCUCAAGCUCCCCGUAAAUGUGAGAGGACGUAAGCGUGUGGUGAACUGAGGCCUGCUAUGUGACGCCUUUUGCUCGCCGUACAGCUCUCUCCUUGAGCAUUUCCUUUCAGAGAAAGUGGAGGCGUCGAGAAGGUUAUUUCAAGAGCCCCCCUCGAAAAGCUGAUUCACGUAUAUGCACCAUGAACGAACCAACUUCUAGCGGAAGUGGACAAGACUUUGAUGUAUUUAGUGUAAUGGACUGGAAGGAUGGAAUUGGUACCUUGCCUGGAAGUGAUCUUAAGUUUCGUGUAAAUGAAUUUGGUGCCCUGGAAGUAAUCACUGAUGAAACAGAAAUGGAAAGUGUUAAGAAGGCUACAGCUACCACAACCUGGAUAGUGCCAACUGCUCAAGAAGCCUUCUCAGAGAAGAUAGAAGUACCACCAAAACUGAAGGAAACUGCCAAAGUGGGUGGGCUUCAUGUCUGCGAAAAUUGUUUUCACUCUGGAACCACAGUGGAGCUUGUAGCUGGAGAAAUACCUUGCAGCCAAAAAUGCACACAUCAGAUAAACAAAGAGCAAAGGGAGAACAAAGACAUACUAGAAUUCAGUGAUGAAGACUCUUCUAAGGGAACUCAAAAAAGAAAAACCAAAUCGCCUCCAAAGGGAGAAUGUAUGGAGGACAAAGUCAAGAAGGACGAGGAAGCAGAGGAGAAAUCUGAAGGGAGGAUACUAAGAGUCUCUCAGAGAGCCACACGAAAAAGGAAAAGAGAAAUGGCAGUUCUGAAACAGACUUUGAUGUCAAAGGGAAAGAAAAUAUGGAGUUGGUCUUCAUAUUUGGAAGAAGAAAAGGCUAUAGCAGCACCUCCUAAGAUUUUUAAAGAGUACCAGUCCUUCCCAUACAACAAAAAUGGAUUCAAAGUUGGAAUGAAACUGGAAGGAGUGGACCCCGAGCACCAGUCAAUGUAUUGUGUGCUUACAGUAGCUGAGAUUUGUGGCUACAGAAUAAGACUUCACUUCGAUGAGUACCCAGAUUGUUAUGAUUUUUGGCGGAAUGCUGAUUCUUCUGAUAUUCACCCAGUUGGCUGGUGUGAAAAAACAGGACACAAGCUUCAUUCACCAAAAGGAUAUAAAGAAGAUGAAUUUAAUUGGCCUUCAUAUCUGAAGAAAUGCAAGGCUCAAGCUGCUCCUAAAUCCUUGUUUGAAAACCAAAACACAACGGUGAUUCCAUCAGGAUUUCGAGUAGGAAUGAAGCUUGAAGCAGUAGACAAAAAGAACCCUACAUUCAUAUGUGUUGCUACGGUAACUGACAUUGUGGACAGUCGUUUCCUGGUUCAUUUUGACAACUGGGAUGAGAGUUAUGACUAUUGGUGUGAAGCGGCUAGUCCACAUAUUCAUCCAGUUGGCUGGUGUAAAGAACACAGAAAAACUCUUGUAACCCCUCCAGACUAUCCACAUGCUAAACAUUUUUCUUGGGAGAAGUAUUUGGAAGAAACCAGUUCUUUACCUGCACCUGCCAGGGCUUUUAAAGUGAAACCUUCUCAUGGAUUCCAGAAGAAUAUGAGACUUGAAGUAGUUGACAAGAGGAAUCCUGUACUUAUCAGGGUAGCCGCUGUGGUAGAUACUGAUGACCACAGAAUUAAAAUCCACUUUGAUGGCUGGGAUAGCAUUUUUGAUUAUUGGAUCGAUGCAGAUAGCCCUGAUAUCCAUCCUUCAGGCUGGUGUGGGAAAACCGGACAUCCUCUUCAGCCCCCUCUUAGUCCUUUGGAGUUAGUAGAAGCUUUAGAACAAGGAGGAUGUCCUACAGCAGGCUGCAAAGGAGUUGGACACAUAAAAAGAGCCAGACACAUGGGCCAUCACAGUGCUCUCAGCUGCCCGUAUUCUGAGAUAAAUCUGAACAAAGAACAUAUCUUGUCAGACCGCUUAAGUGGAGAGAUGCCUCUGAAUAAUCCAUCUAUGCAUUGGAACCGAAAGCCAGAAGUAAAUGAAAGAUCUCCAUCUCCAGUAAUCAAUAAUAGAAAAUGUCCUAGUCCCACUGACUUGAAAUCUUCAGCUCAUCUCUAUUCAUCAAAGCAGGAAGAAACAGAGGUGAAACCUCUUUGCAAAAAGCCUCUAAUGUGUGAUGUCAAAGAAAAGAAUUACAGGGGAUGCCAGGCAACCAAGGAUUUUGCUAAGAGAGAUAGUUGUGCGGGAAGGAAGAUGGAAAGUGAAGAGUCAUCUCUAAAUGAAGCCAAAGACAUUAAAGAAUCCAGUAGCAGAAGUUCCCAUCCUCAACCCAAGUUGAUGGUUCCACCCUUUCCAUUGCGGUGGGAACAGCAGAGUAAGCUCCUUCCUACUGUGGCUGGAAUCCCUGCCAGUAAAGUUUCCAAGUGGAGCACAGAUGAGGUCUCAGAGUUCAUACGGAGUUUGCCAGGCUGUGAGGAACAUGGCAAGGUGUUUAAAGAUGAACAGAUCGAUGGAGAAGCUUUCCUUCUAAUGACCCAAGCAGAUAUAGUCAAAAUAAUGAGCAUUAAACUAGGACCAGCCCUAAAAAUCUUCAACUCAAUCCUGAUGUUCAAGGCUGCUGAUAAGAACUCACAUAAUGAACUCUGAUGGAAAAAUGACUACAGGACAGGUCUCUCUAUUGCAGCUCAUGUUUUAUUCAAAGCACAAAAACUCCAAAGGAUCAUCGAGGAAGAACUCUCCCUGGGGAAGAAGAAGGGGUGGAGUGUAGAUAUUCUCAAAGAGCCAAACCAAACAAACACUUCUGAGAAGUGCUUAAGCUUUUUAGCAAGAUACUCUUUUUAGGUACUUAAUGUUUAUCUGUUGAUGGCUCUAAUUCUCCCACAACUAGCCACCCUUAAUUUGAUUGGAAACCCAUUAACUAAGUUAACAUGUUAAAAUUAUAGAAAUAUUACCUUUUUCUAAGGAGUCACAAAAUAUGUACUUCAAGAAUUUAUUUAUUCACUUUAGUGCAUUCCUUUGUAUCAUUUCACCCUUUUUUAAAAAAAUUCUUCACAAUUUAAAAACAAGCAGGCUACAAUUAAUGGAGACUGUUAACUUCUUAAUUUUGCACUGCAUCUCAAAUCGAACACUGCUGUGUACAAUGAGUAUGAUUAAUUUUUUUCUCUUGUAAGAAAACAUUGCUUGGAGACCAAUGCUAUGUUUUUUUAUUUUUUAUUUUUGCAUGAUUAAAAAAGUUUAAUGAAUACUUCCACCAGCA